AUGCCAAACACGGAGAGUGAGACCAUGGUGCCGCUUGAUGUGGGUUUGUUUGAAACACUGGACACGCGAGCCGUAGAACUAGCCAACAACUUUAACGCCAUCGUGGAACGGUUGCAGAAACGCAUGGUUUUGAUGGCGACGGCAACCAGUGAUGCUGAAGGCGUGUACAAGGCUUCCAUCCAAGAAUUAAGCACCGAGAUUGACCAAUGUACCAACCAAAUGGUGCAGCUUAUUUCCCAGUGUGACGAAUUGGACAAAGAUCUCUCUCAACUUUCGCACUUGUCAAAACAAAUGUCCAAAAUCGAUCGAUAG